AUAAUGCAAGGGACCUCCUUUUUAACCACAAACCGAAUUUUCGUUCAUUUAGACCAUAUAUACUUUUUAAAUUGACCCAAAGUUGUAGGAUUUUUUUUGGAGCGCAUUUCGCCCUGGAGCGGUACGCGAUGCUCUCUCAUGCCGACCUCCUGGAUGCUCGGCUCGGUGAGUUAUCAUCACUAAACUCCGGCCCUAAACUCCAGUGGAUGAAGGAUGCUGCAGACUUACUCGGACACCGAGAAGCUCUCAAAUGCCGGCUGGGAGGUGGAGUUCCAGACCAGGGGCAUCCGGGAGACAUGCCUCCUGGUUCAGACUCUGUUGAAGGAACCACUCUCCUGCCGGGUGAAGACAUCGCCACUGUAGGAUCCAACUCUGCGGGCAUGCCGGUGAACGGGAAGGAGCAGGAGAAGCAGCAGCAACAGCCGCAGCAGAACUCCGGCCAGACCACAAGCCAGCAGAAGCAGAAGCGGCACAGGACGCGUUUCACACCGGCGCAGCUCAAUGAGCUGGAGCGAAGCUUCGCCAAAACCCACUACCCUGAUAUCUUCAUGAGGGAGGAACUGGCGCUAAGGAUCGGCCUCACCGAGUCCAGAGUUCAGGUUUGGUUCCAGAAUAGACGCGCUAAGUGGAAGAAAAGGAAGAAGACCACUAAUGUUUUCCGUGCACCGGGUACCCUGCUCCCAACACCGGGCCUGCCACAGUUUUCUGCCGCUGCCGCCAUGGAGAACAGCCUGUGCUCCUUCCACGCCAACGACUCUCGCUGGGCUACGGGGAUGCCGGGGGUCUCCCAGCUGCAGCUCCCCCCCGCUCUGGGUCGCCAGCCAGGCAUGGCGCAGUCACUGUCACAGUGCAGCCUUGGUCCAGGCCCGCCACCAAACUCCAUGGGUCUCUCUAACGGCCUGUCCUCCAACGGCUCCGGUCUGCAGUCCCACCUCUACCAGACGCCUUUUCCAGGAAUGUCGGCCUCCCUCUCCGGCCCCACGAACGUAUCGGGCUCCCCACAGCUGUGUAGCUCCCCGGACAGUGACAUGUGGAGAGGAACGAGCAUCGCGUCUCUGAGGCGCAAAGCGCUGGAGCACACAGUGUCCAUGAGUUUCACUUAGUGACUUUUGACCACACCGCACCCUAUUCCACCAAACACCCCUCUCCCAGCCCCGCCUGGCUCCUUCUUUUUUCCUGUUUUUAAUCCAGCUAUUUAGAUCAAAAUGAGAGAACGAAUGAAGUAAUCAGGCCUUAAAUGUGAGGAGAGAAAAAAAGAGGUAAAUGCCACCUCAUAAAGACCAAAUAAUGAUAAUAACAAAAGGACAACAUUUAUUGACAAACGGAAGAAAAAAAAUGGGGUCAUUUAUCUCGUUAAUUCAAACGGAUUUUUUUCUUACCAGCUAUUGUUGAUAAAUACUAUUGUAAUGAUCUUUAGACUAUAGGCCCUAAUUACCGAGAGCCAAACAAUCGUCGUAUUUACGUUGUCAUUGAGCGUGUCUUUACGCACGUUAUUGUGUUCAGGUGAGGUUGUGUUAUGUCAAACGGUUAUUUAUAAGAUUGGGUAUUUUGAUAGCAGCCUGCCACACACGCACCAAACUGACAGUGAGCCUACUGAACUGGGUCUCGGGCAUGCACUGUGCAUGUGGAUUUAAUAAUUAAAGGAGAAAACGGUGCCCACUCAGACUGAACAGGUGCUUUUGUUUGGUGACCUCAGUCCCGUCUGCAUGGGACGGGAUCACACACACACACGGGCGAUCUUUCAGUAGGCCUACUCUGUUUUAGGAUGUUUUGUGUAGAUAAAACAUUCUUGCUAUGUACCCGCUGGUCUUUUUUGUGACAUGUUUUAACUUAUUGUAUGUGAUAUUACUUGACACAUUUCUUAAAUGUUUGAUCUUACAUCGAAAUGCACCACAUUGACGGGUUUGUACCAAUUUAAAAUGAGCAAACAAAUAAAAAUAAUUUUCAAGAAUGUC